UAGUAUUAACUCUUUUUCUUAGUCUAAAUACUAAAACCCGCCAAAGAAAGCGAGGGACCCAAACCAAAGCCCUCGCCUUCGAUAAGCUCGAUUCUUCAAAUUGAUCGAAUUGAGUUUAAAUUUUGACCUAACAAUGGAGACGUGGAUGAAUUUCUAUCCUAGCUGAUUCAAGUUUCUAGUUUCGGUGCUGAUUUCGUGUAUAGUAAUGUAAAAUGAUUUUAAAAAAUUGAGUCAAGAAAUUGAUUUAUAUACUAUGGAGGAAGACGAAGACAGGAUUCUGUUGAGUAGUUUGGGUAUAACGUCGGCGAAUCCUGAAGAUAUUGAGCGUAAUAUAUUGUCAGAGGCGAGAAAAAAUGAAGGGAACGGUAGUGAAAUUGGACAAGACACUGAUAAGAAUGGUCUUGAGAGUGCAGAAAAUGUAGAUCCAUCAUCUUCAAACCAGGCAAAACUCUUAAGUAAAUUGAGAGCUGUAGAAUUUGAAAUAGAUGCUGUUGCCUCUACUGUCACACAAGGAAGACAUGGUAAUGAAGAUGAUACUUAUGAUGGUCAUGAAAGCUCGACGUUUGGGGAUACAGGGAGCCCUAAAGAAUCACCUAAUGAUUUAGAUGUUCAUCGUGCUUUAGCUACUGAUCGGUUAAAAAGUUUAGAGAAAACAAAAGCUCAGAUCAAGAAAGAGAUUUCAGAUUUGCACAAGAACAAACCUUCCAAAGGUAUUGCUCAUGACAAGUUAAUAUCGAAUAUUGUCAAGGAAGAGUUUAAACACAAAAGGAAGUCGAAAGAAGUUCCAACAACAAGCAAAACUUCAAAGAAGCGGCUUAAAGUUGUCUCCUUUGAUGAGGAUGGUGAUUUUGAUGCAGUCUUGGAUGCAGCUUCUACUGGGUUUGUUGAAACAGAAAGGGACGAAUUAGUUCGGAAAGGGAUUUUAACUCCUUUUCAUAAGCUGAAGGGAUUUGAACGUCGUCUUCAAAAACCUGGGCCAUCUCAGAGGCAUAAUGUAUCCACAGAAGAAGGCAACAAUGAUGAUUCUGCUUCAAUUAGCAUUGCAAAAGCUGCCCAAUCGAUGGUUGAGGCUGCACAAGCUCGCCCAACAACGAAGUUACUCGAUCCAGAUGCCCUACCAAAGCUUGAAGCACCCCCUCGUCCGUUUAAAAGGCUCAAAAAACCUAUAAAGAUUCAUCAAUCUCUAGAUAAUGAGCCAGAUAGAAAGAAGAAUCACAAAAGGAAAAGUAAACGUCCUCUACCUGACAAAAAAUGGCAGAAGCGCAUAUCUAAUGAGGAUCGAAACUUGGAGGAAAGUGAAGAUGUAGAAGAAAAGUUGUCUCAUUCAGAUGGUGAAGAAGAACAGGAGGAAGAGGAUACCGAAAGUGAAGACGAUGAUGGAACUCCAUGUGUAGUCCUUGAAGGCGGGCUGAAGAUACCAGAGAAAAUUUUUGACCAACUCUUUGACUAUCAGCGAGUGGGGGUGCAAUGGCUAUGGGAAUUGCAUUGCCAAAGAGCAGGAGGAAUUAUUGGAGACGAGAUGGGCCUUGGAAAGACCAUCCAGGUCUUGUCAUUUCUUGGUGCUUUGCAUUUCAGUGGCAUGUAUAAACCGAGCAUAAUUGUCUGCCCGGUCACACUUUUGCGACAGUGGAAAAGAGAGGCUUGCAAAUGGUAUCCAAAAUUUAAGGUGGAAAUACUUCAUGAUUCUGCUCAGGAUCUAAAUAAUAGAAAAAAACGAUCUGACUCUUAUGAAAGUGAUUAUGAUAGUGAAGGUUCAUUGGACAGUGAUUAUGAGGUAAAAUUAUCUUCCAAAACCACUAAGAAAUGGGAUUCAUUGAUUAAUAGUGUUUUGAGGUCAGAAUCUGGAUUGCUUAUUACCACUUACGAGCAACUCCGUAUACUAGGGGAGAAAUUACUUGACAUAGAGUGGGGAUAUGCAGUUUUAGAUGAAGGCCACCGUAUUCGGAAUCCAAACGCAGAAGUUACUCUGGCUUGCAAACAGCUCCAGACAGUUCACCGUGUAAUAAUGACUGGUGCACCAAUUCAGAACAAACUGGCUGAGUUGUGGUCUUUGUUUGAUUUUGUUUUCCCGGGAAAGUUGGGUGUCUUGCCUGUGUUUGAAGCUGAGUUUGCUGUCCCUAUAUCUGUGGGAGGUUAUGCAAAUGCUUCACCACUUCAAGUAUCCACAGCAUACAGGUGUGCUGUGGUUCUGCGAGAUUUAAUCAUGCCUUAUCUCCUUCGGCGCAUGAAGGCAGAUGUGAAUGCCCAUCUUCCUAAGAAGACCGAACAUGUCCUCUUUUGCAGUCUUACUACCGAGCAGCGAUCUGUUUACAGAGCAUUUCUUGCUAGCUCUGAGGUGGAACAAAUAUUUGAUGGGAACAGAAACUCUCUUUCUGGAAUUGACGUGAUGCGCAAGAUUUGCAACCACCCUGAUCUGCUUGAGCGGGAACAUUCCUGCCGGAAUCCAGAUUAUGGAAAUCCAGAACGAAGUGGAAAAAUGAAAGUAGUUGGCCAAGUGCUCAAAGUUUGGAAAGAGCAAGGUCACCGUGUUCUUCUUUUCACCCAGACUCAACAAAUGCUGGACAUACUUGAAAACUUUUUGAUUUCUAAUAGUUAUCAAUACCGGAGAAUGGAUGGACUUACUCCUGUAAAACAGAGAAUGGCCUUGAUAGAUGAUUUUAACAACUCAGAUGAUUUGUUUAUUUUCAUCCUAACCACGAAGGUUGGUGGGUUGGGAACGAAUCUGACUGGUGCAAAUAGGGUUAUCAUUUUCGAUCCUGAUUGGAACCCUUCUACCGACAUGCAGGCAAGAGAACGGGCUUGGCGUAUUGGUCAGAAGCGAGAUGUAACUAUAUAUAGACUCAUCACCCGUGGAACUAUCGAGGAGAAGGUAUAUCAUCGACAAAUUUACAAACAUUUUCUUACCAAUAAAAUAUUGAAAAACCCACAACAGAAACGGUUCUUCAAAGCUCGAGAUAUGAAGGAUCUGUUCACCUUAAAUGAUGAUGGACAGUCUGGGACUACUGAGACUUCUAAUAUAUUUGGCCAAUUAGCUGAGGAUGUUAAUGUUGUUGGCUCAAGUAAAGAUGAACAGGAUAAGCAGAAAUCUGUCAAAUUCGAUGAGGCUUUAGCCGAUCAAGGAAACAACAUAGAAGCUUCACCUAAAGGGAAAAAAGGGAAAGAAAAAGCUGAUCUUAGUGAUGGUGAUGAAGAAGGUGAAGAAAAGGAUGAAGAAGCAAACAUUUUAAAGUCUCUUUUCGCCCAUGGGAUACACAGUGCAGUGAACCAUGAUGCGAUUAUGAACGCCCAUGAUGUAGAAAAGAUGAGGUUAGAGGAGGAAGCUUCUCGAGUUGCUCAAAGAGCUGCUGAAGCAUUGCGCCAAUCAAGAAUGCUUAGAAGCCGUGAAAACAUCUCGGUCCCAACAUGGACUGGGAAAUCAGGAACUGCUGGUGCACCCUCAUCAGCUCGGAAUAAAUUUGGCUCAACUGUGAAUUCCAAGCUGAUUAGUAGCUCCAAACCAUCAGCUAAUGGAAUUUCUGCUGGUGCAUCUGGUGGAAAGGCAUUAUCUUCAGCCGAAUUACUAGCAAGAAUUCGAGGAAACCAAGCUAGUGCCGCUGGUGCUGGAAUCGAGCAACAGUUGUCCACUGCUUCUAAUGUUAACAGAGGAAAUGUUGGAACCUCGAGAUCAACUAAAAACUUGUCUAGAGUUCAACCCGAAGUACUAAUUCGUCAAAUCUGUACUUUCAUAACGCAAAAAGGUGGAAGUACAGAUUCGGGCAGCAUAGUGCAGCAUUUCCGGGACAGAAUACCAUCUGAGGAUCUUCCCUUGUUUAAAAAUCUUUUGAAGGAAAUAGCUAAUCUCGAGAAAACAUCAAACGGUUCGGUUUGGAUUCUAAAGCCAGAUUAUCAACACUAAAUCAUUUGAUCCUUGUUACUCAAUUUUGUUUCUUCCUAGGAUCUUAUUAGUCUUAGGAGACAGAGUAGUAAGAAUAUGAUUGUUCUUCAUUUUUGGUGCUUUCUAGCACAUCUUGUUUAAAUUAACAGAGCCAAGUUAAACAAUUGUCUUUCUAUUGUACAGAUUUUUCUAUGUAUUUCAACUCUUAAUAUCGAAAAACCGUCUUGUAUAGAAAAUUUUAGACCCUAUUGGUUUUAGAAACUGAGAGAAUUUGAAGUGAAACAUAUAGUUGUAGACUUUGUAGAUGUCGUUUAAAGCAUAAACUUGUCGUAUUUGAUACUAUUAAGAUACGUUGCUGUGUUGUUAAAAAGGGCUUAUUGGCCCAAAUUACUGAAUUUGUGAAGUAUUGUAAUGUU